UCUGAGGACGCCGCUCUCCUGUGUUGCAGGAUGCGUUACGUCGCUGCUUAUCUCCUCGCUGUGCUCGGGGGCAACGAGUCCCCUACGUCCAAGGACUUGAAGAAGAUCCUCGACAGCGUCGGCAUCGAGACGGACGAUGAACGCAUGAACAAGGUUAUUAGUGAGCUGAAUGGAAAAAACAUCGAAGAUGUAAUUGCUCAGGGUAACGGGAAACUUGCCAGCAUGCCAGCUGGGGGAGCGGUGGCAGUCUCUGCUGGAGGGGGCUCUGCUGCCCCUGCUGCAGCUGCUGCCCCUGCUGCUGCUGAGGAGAAAAAGGAGGAGAAGAAAGAGGAAUCUGAAGAAUCUGAUGAUGACAUGGGAUUCGGCCUAUUUGAUUAAUUAUUUGUUGUAGAGAAAUUAUUAAAAUGCUUUGUUUUAAAUGUU